GAGGCCUAGUUGCCUCUACUUGGAUAUCAGACAGGACAACAUGGGACUCACCAAGCAAUACCUCCGCUUUGUUGCCAGCGCAGUAUUUGGGCUUAUUGGCAGCCAAAAAGGCAAUAUUGUCUUUGUGACGCUUCGUGGUGAAAAGGGACGCUAUGUGGCGGUGCCUGCUUGCGAACAUGUUUUCAUCUGGGAUUUAAGGAAAGGAGAGAAGAUCCUCAUUCUUCAAGGGCUUAAACAAGAAGUCACUUGCUUGUGCCCUUCCCCAGAUGGGCUUCAUUUAGCUGUUGGAUAUGAGGAUGGAUCUAUCCGAAUCUUCAGUCUCCUGAGUGGGGAAGGCAAUGUGACAUUCAAUGGACACAAAGCAGCUAUCACUUCCCUGAAGUAUGAUCAGCUGGGAGGCAGUUUGGCAUCUGGCUCCAAGGAUACAGAUGUGAUCGUGUGGGAUGUGAUUAAUGAAAGUGGCCUCUACCGUCUAAAGGGCCACAAGGAUGCUGUAACACAGGUGUUGUUUCUCAGGGAAAAGAACCUGCUUGUGACGAGUGGGAAAGACACCAUGGUGAAGUGGUGGGACCUCGAUACCCAGCACUGCUUCAAAACAAUGGUCGGCCACCGAACUGAGGUGUGGGGAUUGGUGCUGGUGUCAGAAGGAAAGCGACUUAUCACAGGAGCUUCUGACAGUGAACUACGGGCCUGGGACCUGACAUUUUUGCAAGAGGUUGAUGAUCCCGAAGAACCAGAGCUCAAGAAAGCCAAAAGAUCAUUCCCUGAGACACAAGACAAACAUGAAGCAGAGGAUGUGACUUCUGAGGCAGAGGAAGCUCCAGAAGAUCGAAUCCUUGCUUGCAGAAAAGUUGGUUCCAUAAUGCGGGAAGGAAGGGACAGAGUUGUGAACCUCGCGGUGGACAAAACAGGCAGGAUUCUUGCUUGUCAUGGAACUGAUUCUGUGCUAGAAAUAUUUUCUAUCCUUUCCAAAGAAGAAAUUCAGAAGAAAAGGGAUAAGAAGAUGAAGAAAGCGAAAAAGAAAGCCAAAUUAAAUUCUUGUGAAGGGGAAGAGGAAGAUCUUGAAGUCAGUGUUGAAAUGACUCUGCAAGAUGAAAUCCAACGGUUGACCAAUAUCAGAACUUCUGCCAAAAUCAAGUCCUUCGACUUGUUUCAGUCCCCUCAAGGAGAGUUAAAGGCUGUCUUCCUGCUGCAAAACAACUUGGUAGAAUUAUAUUCACUGAACCCCUCCGUGGCAGCUCCUCAGCCAGUCAGGACUAGUAGAAUCACCAUCGGGGGCCAUCGCAGUGAUGUCCGAACCCUGUCAUUCAGCUCAGACAAUAUUGCUGUCCUUUCUGCCUCGGCUGAUUCUGCUAAGAUCUGGAACAGAUCAACGCUGCAGUGUAUUCGUACAAUGACCUGCGAAUAUGCACUCUGCUCAUUUUUCGUACCUGGUGACAAGCAGGUGAUCAUAGGAACAAAGACAGGAAAACUGCAAAUCUAUGACUUGGCCUCGGGAAAUCUUUUGGAGGCCAUAGAAGCACAUGAUGGCGCCUUAUGGUCCAUGUCUCUCUCUCCUGAUCAGCAUGGCUUUGUGACGGGAGGUGCCGAUCAGUCUGUCAAAUUCUGGGAUUUUGAGCUGGUAAAAGAUAAAAAUAGUACGCAAAAGCGGCUUUCUGUGAAGCAGACCCGAUCCUUGCAGCUGGAUGAAGAUGUUUUGUGUGUCAAUUAUUCUCCCAAUCAAAAGUUGUUGGCUGUGUCUUUGCUGGACUGUACUGUGAAAAUUUUCUACGUUGACACUUUAAAGUUUUUCCUCUCACUUUAUGGACACAAACUGCCUGUUAUAUGCAUGGACAUCUCUUCUGAUGGAGCACUCAUAGCUACUGGCUCUGCCGACAGGAAUGUGAAGAUCUGGGGUUUGGACUUUGGAGAUUGCCACAAGUCCCUCUUUGCACAUGAGGACAGUGUGAUGUUCCUAAAGUUUGUGCCCAAAUCUCACCUCUUCUUCACUGCUGGAAAAGACCGUAAGAUUAAGCAGUGGGAUGGAGAUAAAUUUGAACACAUACAAACUCUGGAGGGGCACCAUCAGGAAGUCUGGUGCUUGGCCAUCAGUCCCAAUGGAGACUAUGUUGUGUCAUCUUCCCAUGACAAAUCCUUGAGACUCUGGGAGAAAACAAGGGAGCCUCUUAUUCUUGAAGAAGAGCGGGAGAUGGAAAGGGAAAAAGAAUAUGAAGAGAGUGUGGCCAAAGAAGAUCAACCAACAGUUCCAGGAGAAACUCAAGGUGACAAUUACUUUACUGGAAAGAAAACUAUUGAAACUGUCAAAGCAGCUGAAAGGAUCAUGGAGGCUAUUGAGCUGUACCGAGAAGAGACUGCAAAAAUGAAAGAACACAAAGCCAUUUGUAAAGCUGCCGGAAAAGAGGUCCGUCUUCCCGUCAACCCCAUCUUAAUGGCUUAUGGAAAUAUCUCUCCAUCAGCUUAUGUGUUAGAGAUUUUAAAAGGAAUCAAGUCAAGUGAAUUGGAAGAAGCUCUGCUUGUCCUGCCCUUCUCAUACGUUCCAGACAUGCUUAAGCUCUUCGAUGAGUUCAUCCAGCUGGGCACUGAUAUUGAACUUCUGUGUCGCUGCCUCUUCUUUCUCCUCAGGAUUCACUUUGGGCAGAUCACUAGCAACCAAAUGCUUGUGCCCGUGAUCGAAAAAUUAAAGGAAACAACGAUUUCAAAAGUCAGCCAAGUUCGGGAUGUUAUUGGCUUCAAUAUGGCCGGUCUUGAUUUUCUCAGGAGAGAAUGUGAAGCCAGAAGUGAAGUUACGUUUUUUGCUGAUGCUACAAGUCAUCUGGAGGAGAAGAAGAGGAAGAGGAAAAAAAGGGAGAAGUUAAUCUUAACUUUGACUUAAGAUUGAAGAUGACCUUUUUCUAUUUU